CUACCGCCAGUAGCGUUCCGCCAUUGGCAGUGUUAGCAUCGGCCCAUCGGCUCCAAUUUUCUUUCCUUUCGGCCCCCUAUAUACAUAAUCAGUUACAGUGUUCCUUUCCCGAGCUCAGAUCGCUGAAUAAGCGAUCUGUCGUGACGAUGCCAGCGGUUACGCGUAUCGAGGACUCAUCGCAAGCAAGCACCGCGAACAACAACAAGAACAACGUCUCCAGCAAGAUGACGAACGGAAAGCUUGAUUCGUAUAACCGCUGUAGCAAUCCGUUUCGGAUCCCGCAACACUUUAAGAUGAGUGGGCUGCGUAACGUGCCGCGACUGAUCCGUGAACGACUGGCACACGUGCACUUCGGAGCGAAAAUAUGCUGUAGCUGCCGCCACCGCGUCUACGCGAUGCUCAAGGAACGUAAACAGCUAAAACCUUCUGUCAGGCUCAGGAACAGCUGCAACUUGGACAGAAGACGUUCCGAACAGCCGAAAUCGCAGCCGCAGCCAAGUCAACAGCAGAGAAGGAGCGAGCCUCCUGUUCCUGUCGCGGCUGCUAGUGCUGUCAAGCAGGUGACGAUGACGGUGACGGCAAGCAGCGAAGCUGAUAAGAGGGCGAUCGAGAGUUUGUUCAACGAGGAUGAGCAGGAUAUAGCCGGUUCAUCUGGAGCUAGCUGCGCGGUUUCUAACCUAGAAGUUGAGUCGAGUGCGCUGUUGGUUCACGCCAUGUCGAGGCGCAGCAGACCUCAGCCGCAGCAACAGCAGCAGCAGCAGCAGCUGAGUCUGGCCGAGCCAGAAAAGGAGGGUCCUGUCAGGCAAAUCUGCUGCUUUUGCGGUCUGACCGAGGACAAUGAGGUGGAAUUUGGCAAGUUUUAUCAUCACCGUGGCAUUGUCACCCACUACUAUUGUUUGCUUUUAUCCUCCAAUAUGGAACAGAAAGGAAAUGACGACGAAGGAAUUCUAGGAUUUUUAGCAGAUGAUAUACAGAAAGAAAUACGAAGAGGAAAAAGACUUGUGUGCUCUUAUUGCAAAAAGAAUGGGGCAACUUUGGGAUGCUGUAAUGCAAAAUGUAAACGUAUUUUCCAUUUUCCGUGUGGUUUAAAGGCUGGAUCUUUACAUCAGUUUUUUGGAGAAUUCAGGUCCUACUGUAUCAAUCAUAGACCAAAACAAAAGAUUGAUGACAGAGUUAAAAAAGAAAUCGAAAAUAUGAAAAACAUAUUAUGUUACAUUUGCUAUGAAGAUGUUGCGCCAUUAGAUAGCAAUGGAACACUGUGGGCGCCAUGUUGUAAGAAAAAUGCCUGGUUUCAUCGCAAAUGUGUUCAACAACUUGCUAUGAGUGCAGGAUACUUCUUCAAGUGCCCACUGUGCAACAAUAAAAGAGAAUUUCAAACUGCCAUGUUAGAGUAUGGAAUAUAUAUUCCAAGACAGGAUGCAUCUUGGGAACUCGUGCCAAAUGCGUUUCAAGAAUUAUUGUACAGACAUGAUCGUUGUGAUGCUGCUGCAUGCUUAUGUCCUAAAGGCAGGACGUAUACCAGUAGUAACGCUAAGUGGGAGUUGAUUUUAUGCCGAAUGUGUGGAUCACAAGGGACCCAUAUCUUUUGUGGUGGGCUGAAAUGGGUGAGUCCGGUAUGGGAAUGCCAAGAGUGUAUUAGUAUAACAAAAAAAUCCACUGAGAACAUAGUAACGACUGAUGAUUCUACGACUAGGUCGAAUGAUAUUCCUAAUCAAAGAGAAACUACGCUUAACGUUACAAUAAGAGAAUCCGAUGAAGAUAGUGACUCCGAUAUUUCUGUCGGAAAUGAAUCCAUACCAUUAGAAACUAAUUUAACUAACAUUCCAGCUAUUUUACCUGAAGUAAAAUUGCGCCCUGGACCGCGAUCAUUUAAAAUGCAACAAGUUCAGAAGUUACAAAGCUCCGACGCUUACAAAGAAAUCGUCAACCAAUCUAACAAUAGUCUCAAUCAUUCUAAUACAACAGUUAAUAAUGCUGCUUCAAACAAUGACGGUAUUGCGACGCUUUCAGCUGUUCCCGCAAAAGUAAAUAACGAUGUUAUUUGUAUAGAUAGCGACGACGAAGCUAUUGAGAUUGUUUGUGAAAAUGUGACGAAAAGGCAUCGUCAUCAAAGCGAAUUGGUUCGUGCGAGUACUAGUAACUCAUCAAAUUUCUCGAACCGAAUGAAUUGCGUUUCGCCAAAGGUCACGAACGUAUUACCCGAAGAAACAGAUGACUCCCCGUUUAACAUAAUAAUUAGCAACGUCACCUCGCUGGCACCCGAGUUCUUUGCCAGCGUGCCUGAACCAACGGAAGAGGAAGAAAUGGAACAAGGGGAUUGCGACUUGCCGAUCCAAGUGCCUGAUACUCCUUCAACGAACGGGUUGAAAAGAAGUCACCCGAGUGACGAGGAAAUCGAGGUUUUGAUCGUGAACGAGGCGUCCAAGCGCGCACGCCUCGAGAACAAUACAACCAUAGAUCAUAAUGUCGUAAAUAGCUUACCCGAGAAGGUAACAAGUGUUAUACAAAAUGACGAAAGCAGCAGCUCGAGGAUCGGCGGGCAAAAUUCGGUGGAACCUGAGCUGUUGUCCAAUGUAAAGGAUAGCCCGAGCAAAACUGAAACCCAAGCUCUUGCAUCAACAGGAUCUGCGGACGAGGCGUCUUCCUCUCACGAUAACUGUCACGGGGAUGCAGGCACGGGACCUGCGAUACUUAACACCGAUGGCCAAUCCCGGGCAGAAGAAGCCGCUACCGCCGCCGACAUCCAAGACGAACUACCAGAUUCUCCUCAAUCAGCUGACACGAAAUGCCCAGUCGACCGACCCGAGCUUGCGAUUCGUACCGUUCUCGAAAAUGGUUCAAGUUCCCAUUGCAGCAGCGGCGGCGGCAGUGGCGGAAGCUCCAAAUCAAGAUUCUCCUCUGGUGAUAGAUCUGGAUUGAUUCCGGAUUUCGUGCGUCUUAGCGAUCUUAAGUUCAGAGUUUGCGGGAGCGAUGUAGAACUGUCGUAUCGUACAUGCCGGAUUCAAGUCAAAAUGAACGGUCUGCAAAGUAGUAACUCGACUACCUUGAACGAUGCGAGUAGUGCUGCGACCGCUUUGGUGUCUUCAUUCGCUGGAUCGAAUCAGCACUUAUCGAGCGAAAAGAGCAGCAAAUCAUAUCAGCUAAUACUCUCUGACGACUCAACCGACGAAUCCGACCGAAUUCGUAGGUCCUUGAGAACCAGAAGUUUGAGGAGCUUUGUCUACGAAGAUGACAACACGCUGCUAGAGUAUCCAACAUCCGCAAACGAUGCGCUUAAUAAUGCCAAAAAGUCCCUGACGGUCACGGACAAAAGGCUCACCAGGAGCGAUUGGAAAGAAAACUGGGACCCGGAGGUGUCAAGCUCGAGUAAUAACGACUUCGAUAGUGCGAUAAUAAGUAAUAACAAGCAACCAGCUGCUAGAGACCUCAAGGAUGGCGGUAUCAAUAACCGCGGGAUAUCGAGCAAAACUGAGGAACACAGUCUCUCGCAGUCCCAGAAGGAGGAGCCAAGCAACACACAGCGCUUGCUUCGCAGAAGUAAUCGAAUCGUACGGCAUUUUCGAUCUGUGCAGCAGUCAGAGUUAAAUGGUCAAAUCAAUGGAGAUUCUACGGACUCUAAUACGACGACUUUCUCUCCUUCAUUUGGUAAAUCCAAUCAGAUGGCAUCUGGCGACCAGUCCACCAGAAGCUCAAGAUCGCUCAAGGUACUUAACGGCUCGUCGGACGUCACGGUGCAGCAGGACAGCAAGAAACAUUUAAAGAAUGUUGACAUUGACGAGUUGAAAUUCACGCUUACGAAUAAAAUAAACGGCGCGCACAAUAACAAUGAUGUUCACAUGGACGCGGACUUCAAAGUCAGUAUAGAUUUACAAAAGAUAAGUAAUCUUAUAAGCGCCAAACCAGAUUUAUUUUUUAAAACUAAAAAUAACGGCGUUAGGAGGCUGCGUGUUUACAGUGUGGAUGAAAAGUUAAAAGUUGAAUUCAAAACGGGGGAGACCAAGUUUCUAACCAAAUCUCAAAGCUUCGAUUGCCUUCUCGAUGUUGCAAAUGAUGGGUUUUCUCACAUCAUGGGCAAAAGCAGAAGUUUGGAUUGCUUGUCGAACAUCGAUAGCCAUAACCUAAUGCCGCUGACUGAUUCAAAAGACUGUAUGGAAAUAAAAACGAGAAGAAGCCAACGGCGAAAAACAAGACAAUUCGAGAAACAUGAAUGCGUUAGGUAAUUCAAGCACGAUAUAUGAUGUAUAUUUUUUUUUACUUUUAUCAAUAACAAAAAUGGUAUUUGCAUAAGCGCAUCGAAGCUAUGAGCUUACUGAAAUAGUUCUAGUGCAAUUUUGUUUUCUGUAUCUGAUGGUUAUUGAAUGAUUCAUGAAUUUGUUCACGUGUGCUUCUGAAAUAAACAACAACAACUAUUAAGUUUAACUUAUUUUUUUUACUGAAUAGUGUUUUUUAUUCGGUUUUCGUGAUAGAUUUAUUAGCAGUUGUAUUAAUUAUAUCAAAAAUGCCGUUUUUUUUACCACAAGUGAACAUUGCUAAUAUUAUGUAGAUAGCAUAGGAUAAAUCGUAUUUAAUUUUUAAUAUGUAUUGUAAACAAUUGUAAUAAAUUAUGUAUAUUAUAAAAAAAAAAUAUUUUUCCUUCCUGACUUCCAUGAACCUUCAUUCUGUACAUUUUUGAAAAAUUUGAGACAAAUUAAAUAAAAGACAAUUUUUUUUAUUGAAAA